CGUGUCUAGUCCAUAGAGGAGCUUUCAGACAAUUUCACCGAGAGGGCUGUCGGUGGGACCUCUUCUUGCCUGUGUCCAUAAUGAGACUGCCACUCACCAGCUUGCUCUGGGUCUCUGUGUUCGUCCUCGCUGUCUCGGAUGCUACGCAGCUCUGCCUCACCGACAGCAAUGACACCUUCAUCUACGUUGCCCGGCCUCCAGCUCAGCGGGUGGUGGGGCCGGACGCCGGGCUGGGGCCCCUGUACAACUUUGCCCGUGCCUUUCUUGAGGCAGUGCAGCCAAAUCCUUUCCCUGAAGCUAUAGUCUCCAAGGCCUUGAAGAAUGAGCAGCAAGACAUCACCGAGCUUGUGCGAUACGAAGCGGGGUAUCUGGUGUGCUUGAUCCUGGCCAUUCUGUACUUGACGCUCAUACCAGUGGCUGGCGGAGUCCUGGCCUGGCAGCAUUUCCACAGAAAACAGGCAGACAUGAACAGCCAGUCCACAUCAGCCUCCCAAUACUACAAGGACAUCGCUGUGUCAGGAUGCUUCAUUCUCACCUCCCUUCUACUCCUGAUAGGUGUGAUUCUGGCUUUCAAAACCAACGAUGAAACGCACGCCAACAUGCGCCCCAGUCUGCAUCAUAUCCACACCAAUAUCGGGAUCAUGGAGAAGACGCUCUAUUCCAUCCCAAAGGAAGUGAAAUCCAUCAUGGAACAGUAUGGCAUUCCCAAAUCAGAAAUUUCAAAGGGCAUACGAGAGGCCGAUGGCAGCAUCGGUGACAUAAUAGUCAGGUCUUUCAACAACGAUGUGCAGGGAGUGCUCGUGGUUUUGUCCUCUGCAUUAAAAGAUGCGACAGGUAGCAAUGAAAACCUGCAGAUCCUAGAGACAACUAGAUCAUACAUGCAGAGCAGACACAAGAUCCUACAGGUAGCGCUGAACCAGCUGCAGAGUGACCUGGAGAACUGCAAGGGCUGUGAUGCUCCUGACCCCACUCACCUGGAGACUGAUGCUGAUUAUAACCAAAUCCCAAGUGUACAGGAUAAGCUGGAUUCAAUGCCCCCACAAAGGGCUUUUGUGGGGCUGGUUGAGCAAGGUAACUUUACUUUCCAUGGCAUUCCUCAAUUUUGCUCUGACCAAAUGGCUCCAACUACAACAGGUGAAAUGAAUAAUCAUUAUGUCAUUAUCAAUUUCCCACAGUGCUCUAAUAUUUUAAAAGGCUAA